GAAAGUUCUGAGAAAAACACUCGUAGUCUGUAUGAUUUCUAUUAUAUUCACGAGACGGUAUAUUUGUUUUGUGUGUGCUCUCUUUCUUGUUAUAUAAAUACAAUCGUCCUGUUGAAUCUUUGAAAGAUUUUUCAACCUUGUGUAGUAUAAAUUAAUUUGAUUAAACAAACGAGUAGCUAAGCUAGCAAACUGACAUCAGCCUGUGAGCUUUUGUGUGCGCCCAGGGAGGGCAUGAGUGUUGUUAGCCAGCUAGCACACCGCAUUGCUUCUCCAUAGCUGUUGUUGACGUAUUUGGAGGCACAAAUUGGGAUAUACUAUUACUGUGGUGUUGCUGUUAACGCUAAAUAUUGUGUGUGUCCUGGAGCUCCGAAAUCCGGGCUUUGGCUGAGACUUGUCUCUGCAAAGGCUCUAGUUCAAAUAAGAUACUUUUAACCGACUUGCGUAAGCGUUGCAAGCAAUCGGCUGAGUGAAACGAACGAGCCGAAAUCUCAGAAAAAAACAAACAAACUGAAUAUUUAUGCGAUUUAGAACAAUCUAACAUGGACGCAAAAUCUGACAGCUGGAAAAGUCAACAAAGCAGCAGCAAUAGUGGCGAAUCCAGCGGCAACAGCCCCGGCUCGCCUGCUAGCCCGGGACCCGACGGCCACAAACCUGCUGUGGGUAAUGCGUUUGCCAACGACGGCAGCUUUAUGGAACUGUUCAAGAAAAAGAUGGAAGAGGAACGAAGGAAAAAAGAAAUGGAAGAAGGGAGCAGCAACAAAAGCACCGCAGGAGAAGGACAGUCGACACAGGAAAAGAAGCCGAUUAGCGUGACCAGCUUUGUGGGCAAGCGGAGAGGCGGCGCCAGGUUGGCCCUCAAGACCGGAAUGGUGGCGAAGAAACAAAAAUUGGACUCGGAGGGUGAAACAGGUAAAGGGGACGCGUGGACUAAGUACAUGGCUGAGGUGAAAAAAUACAAGGCCCAUCAGUGUGGCGAUGAUGACAAAACCAGACCACUGGUCAAAUAGACUCUGAGAUGCCAGCAGGGUGCUGAGGCCAAACCCCACAGGACAGCCACCAAAUCUUCCCCUUACUGCCACAUGCUCAGUAAUUACAAGUCCACAAUCACAAGAUGAUUUCUUGUUUGUUUGUGUGGGUUGUUGUUUUUUUUUGUUGUUGUUUUUUUGGGGGGGGUUUCCUUAGUUUUUUUUUCCUCCUUCAUUUUUUUUCCCUCAUUGAAUGUUAGUAAUUUGAUUUUUAGCUUAUCAGUUGCAGUUAGACUUAACCUAGGCAGUUCUGCCAGGUGUAUUUCUGCAACAGAAGGUUUUGUGAACCAAUACUGUUCUGAGUUGUCCAUAUGGAUGGUUUUGCUGGAAAAAAAAAAAAAAACAGACUCAGAUUUGCAGAAUUUACCUCUAGGUGGAACUGCCCAUGAUGAUGCUUUUAAAAAUGGAAUAUAUUGUUAAGCUCAUGGCUGUUAUUGUUGUGAUUGUAGCACCUGAACUGACAUGCCGCCUUGUUGAUAUUUUGUACUUUUCCUG